UCUGGCCGGCGGUCUGUGGUGGAGGCGCGCGGCGGGCGCCGCUCUGGCCGGCGGACUCGGUGGUGCGGAGUCCCGGAAGCGGCGUUCGCCGAGGCCGGGCGCGGAAUGGCGGAGAGUCCGGCGGCCGAGGAGGCCGCCCCGGUCCCGGCCCCGGUCCCGGCCUCGGUCCCGGCCCCGGCCGCAGUGCUGCCGGCGGCGGCGGGCAGCGGCGGGGCCUCGGCCGGCGGCGCGGGCGGCCCCGGUGUCUUCAUCCCCGCCGAGCUGUGGGCGGCGGCGGGGUUCGGCGCUGCCACAACGGGCGCUGUCGCCGCCCCGGGCAGCGGCGGGGCCCCCAUCGCGGCGGCGGCGGCGGCCGCGGGGGCCGCGCUCCUCACGCACUCCGCCUUCUGGGACCCUACGGUGAGCGGCGACUGGGAUAGCGAGCGGCCCAGCGCGGCCUGCCUGCUGCGGAUCAAGCGGGAUAUCAUGUCCAUUUACAAGGAGCCGCCGCCGGGAAUGUUUGUUGUGCCUGAUCCCCAGGACAUGACCAAGAUUCAUGCAUUGAUCACAGGCCCAUUUGACACGCCUUAUGAAGGGGGUUUCUUCUUGUUCCUGUUUCGCUGUCCUCCAGAUUAUCCCAUCCACCCACCAAGGGUCAAACUGAUGACAACGGGAAAUAACACAGUGAGGUUUAACCCCAACUUCUACCGCAAUGGGAAAGUCUGCCUGAGUAUUCUAGGCACUUGGACCGGGCCUGCCUGGAGCCCAGCGCAGUGCAUCUCCUCAGUCCUCAUCUCCAUCCAGUCUCUGAUGACUGAGAACCCUUAUCACAACGAGCCCGGCUUUGAGCAGGAGAGGCACCCCGGGGACAGCAAGAACUACAACGAGUGCAUUCGGCACGAGACCAUCCGAGUAGCAGUGUGUGACAUGCUGGAGGGAAAGUGUCCCUGUCCUGAGCCGCUACGGGGUGUGAUGGAGAAAUCCUUCAUGGAAUACUACGACUUCUAUGAAGGGGUGUGUAAAGAGAGGCUUUAUCUCCAAGGACAGACAAUGCAGGACCCUUUUGGUGAGAAACGAGGCCACUUUGACUAUCAGUCCCUACUGGUGCGUUUGCAAGGCAUUCGGCAGAAGGUGCACGAGAAACACCAGCAGGAGAAUACAGAAAUAGACUCUGAGAGCAGCUCCUCCGAGACAGAGACGGACACUCAGGGCUGCCCUAAAGCUUAGGGCUGCGGUAACGGUGGAGAGGCCAAGCCAUGGGGAUGUUCUGUCUUCACACUCGAGAGUACCCCUGCCAGACUUGACAACCAAACCAAGGCCAGAGCAGAGAAAACUGUGGGGUAUCUUCAGUCUCCUUUUACUGCUCUGGUGGAGAACGCUCAAUGAGAAGACUUCACGCUAGACAAAGCCAAGCUUGUGACAGGCUACUUGUAAAGGUACUUACUAUGCUAGGAAGCCAGAGCAUGUGGCAUCAGGUUCUUUCUCAGAAACACCUCCACUGGUUGUUUAAUUCUUCUUAGUUUUUUUGCUCUCCAUUUGAUUAAAGAAUGAGAUCCAGA